CGAAAAUGGACAAGGAUAUAAUUAGGGAUAUAACUAAUUAUUUGAUUGACCGAGCAAGAUAGACAGGUAGGUACAGGAAGCAGUUAUACUCUCAUUGCUCUACACGAGCAUCUUCCAAUCCCUUCUCGACGUUCUAGUCAAUCAAAUUCGCCUCUGUCUACCCUCGCCGCUGUCUCCCGCUGUCUGUGGACAUCUGCGCCCGUGUUUGUGUGUUCUGCUGGGGGAAGGGCUGAUCUCGGGAACUAAAAAACAAAAGUCAAAAGAUCAAAAACGAGCCCGAAAAAAACAAAGGCCAAGAACGCCCCGAGGAAGUUCCAAGACGUUAGCGGCUUCUUGUGGGUCGUGACGGGCCAAAAAACAGAGGGAACGGGAUUUUCGAUCCUUUGGUCAAUCCGCCUCCACAUUCCACACGUCCUUUCUCCGUUUCCCCUUCUUCCCCUUUUUUCCUAUUUCUUUUUCUUUUUUCUUCCUUGGAAGUAGUCGGCUUCGAUGACGCGACCACGGAAAUCCAGUAAUCUCGGUGCAGAUAUCAGAGGAGAUACCGGAGCCCCGGCCAUGUCAACCAUGAAUUCUUUCACUUCCCCUGAGCCUCCUUCGGCGCGGCAAACACAGCGUGGAGCGUCCGAGAAGAGCGGAAAAUCACACUCGAAGCGACGUCGGGCGCGGUCCUUCUUCCGACGAUGGAAAGACAUCUCCCUCAAACACACCUGGCUGACACCGCUCGUCCUAAUCCUCAUCAUCCUCGCCGUAUACAUAGUGAACCCGACGGAAUCCAACCCAGCCCAUGCCGCUAUCCUCCUCUCAUACCCGAACUCCCCUGAAACCCCCGAUGGACCCAUCAUGUACGGCAAGGGCAAAAAGGAUCUGGCCUUCGUCGGCUUCUACACGAUCGUUCUGUCAUUCACGCGCGAAUUCAUCAUGCAGCGCAUCAUUCGGCCGUGGGGUGUAUACUGCGGGAUCAAGGGCAAGGGCAAGAUGGCGCGCUUCAUGGAGCAGGUGUACACGGCGAUCUAUUUUGCGUUUUUCGGCCCGUUUGGGCUCUACGUCAUGAGCAAGACGGAUCUCUGGUACUUUAACACGACGGCGAUGUUUGAAGGGUUCCCGCAUAAGAUGCACACGGCGGAUUUCAAGGCGUACUACCUGCUCGAGGCGAGUUACUGGGCGCAGCAGGCGAUUGUGCUGCUUCUGAUGCUGGAGAAGCCCAGGAAGGAUUUCAGGGAGCUGGUCGCGCAUCAUAUUAUUACCCUGGCGCUUAUUGGGCUCAGUUACCGCUUCCAUUUCACUCAUAUUGGCUUGGCCGUGUAUAUCACUCAUGAUGUUUCGGACUUCUUCAUUGCGACCUCCAAAACUCUCAAUUACCUGGACUCCGCCAUCAUCGGCCCAUACUUCCUUACCUUCAUCUGCAUCUGGAUAUACAUGCGCCAUUACCUCAAUCUCCGCAUCCUCUGGGCCGUUCUCACUGAAUUUCAAACCGUCGGGCCCUUCGAGCUCAAUUGGGAAACCCAACAGUAUAAAUGCCGUCUUAGUCAAGUUAUUACCUUUGGCCUGCUAAGCGCACUCCAAGCCAUCAACCUACUGUGGCUGUUCCUGAUCCUCCGCAUCGCGAAGAACUACGUCCUCAGCGAUGUGAAGAAGGACGAACGGAGUGACGAUGAGGACGAGGAGGAGCUGGAGGAACAGUCCACGCCUCCCAAAGAUGCUCAAAUUGGAGACAAAAUUGCUGCAACUGGAGCUGGAGAUGGAGCUGUCAGCUCGGCUAUGACGAAUAAGAAUGGCACCGCUGUCGCGGAGGGAGUACGUGUUACGAGGAGGACGGCGAAGCAGAAGGAGAACGAUGCGGCUAAUGGAGAUUCGUCGCAAUUAUAAGUAGUGGGGUUGUGAGAUGGGCCUUGUCUCUACCUCCCACAAAACCUCUCCCGUAUGCAUUGUUGAAAGAGUGCGGUUUUUCGGCUUGGCCAUGGUAACCGAUCUGGAUAUGCAGUGAUGAUUGUCAUGCAUUCCCCAGGGGAUACGAUAUGUUGUUCUGCAGGAUAAAUCAAAGAGAAGAAAUACCCCUUUCGCGCCCCUGCUGAACGAAUUUGUUUUGUUUUCCGCGAUUAUGCUUGUUACUUUUUUGCAUUUGCAUUGGUGACGGUAGAUUUUUCUUUUCUUUUUCGUCUUCUUCUUUUCUUUCCUUUCUGUCUUUGUUUAACCCAUACACAUAUUUAUUAAUGUCUGUUUUCCUAUUAAAUAUUUGUGAGAAAGGCAGGUAAUGAACAGGUGUGAAAUGGAGGGAGCGCGGUGGGAAAACCCCAGGUUGGGUAUACAGGAUGAAGUCUGGCAUUCUAACUAUAUCAUGUAAUUAUUUAAUAAUUCGUCUUCUCUUCCCCUUCCCAUCCCUUCUCUAUCCCCCAUAUCCCUCCCUCCCUUGUUAUGAUUUCCGUCAACUUAGCGUUUUUGCUUUUGUCUAUUGCUCUCCUUCCUUUCUUUCUCUGUGGUGAGAGGGAGAGUUUCCUUUCUUUCUUUUCCUCUUUCGGUUCGGAAUACUGUGUUACUACUAACCAUGUAUCUGUAUAUAUGUAUAAUGUAAACAGGGGACCUGUGAAUUACUUGAUGCAGUUAGUUUUGCCUGUCUAGGUUUGGCACUCUGAUACACUGUCAUGUAAUCUCCUCUCACUGCUCUUCAACAUAAAAGACUCAUCUUUGCUGCUCUUUCUCUCUCUCUCUCUCACUUUUUCAUCAUUCUGUCUUGCUAUACAGAGUACUGUGUUUGUUGCUGUGUCACUGCAAUUUAACACACUCAAUUGAACUCACUGACAGUCUUGUUUGCUCAUUCAUUCUCUAUUGCUUUUCAGUUGUAAACAGUAGCUGAGCUCUUGUUGCCUUUACAAUUGACUCUUGAUAUUCACUGA